AUGGCUUCAGAGUCGCCAAACGCGGCGUGGCAUCCGGCUAUGAUGCCUAAUGACUCCCAUGCUCCCAGCUCCACCGAGGCUCCCGCGGAUCCUGCACAGGCGACGUCAUCAACAACAGACGCGGCUGUGCAACCCAGCAAGCCUGCCGCUCAAGAUGCCCAGUCGCAACCCGAACAGAAGCCCUCUGAAGGAAGCGACGCUGCCAAUGCUUGGUUCUCGCAAGAUGGCGAUGAUGCCGGCGAUUCUUGGUUAGCCUCGGAGGUUUCAGCACCUCAGCAACCCGAACCCGAACAGCUUCCCGAUCAAGCUGCCCCUGAGAAGCCCAAGACAGAGACAGCUUCGCCCUCAAAGGCCUCGACAUCACAACACUCCAGCUCCAUGUCCUUUGCCCGGACUGUGUCCCACGAAGUGAGCUUCAAUGACGACGACGAAGGAGAUUGGAGCCUUUCUCGCACAGACACCGACCCCUUUAAGUUUAUGCCUCCCUCCGAUAGAACAAACUCUUUUCCAGUUGUCCCCCCUAUGCAGCCGAGCUCGGAUACGCACGAUCACCAGCCACUUCCCUCCAACCAGGCUUUGGAUGUCUUGGAAGAGACGGAGAAGGAUGUUGACGCAGAGGAGCAAGCGUACAAGCAGCAAGGUGCUACUGAUGGAUUGGACGCGCCGCGCCGUGGCCAUUCCUCAUCAAUCUCCAUUGGCGGAGAACUCAAGAGCCCCGAAGGCCAAGCCUCCGAGGCACGAUUUGAGGAAGGCAUUCCUUUGAUUUCUCAGUCUGCAGAAAAGGAGGGACAAAGCAACGAACCCACUGGGGCCCUGAACUCUUUUGAUGAUGGAGAUGCAGAGGACGAGGAUUUCUUCAAGCAGGUGGAAGACGGCGGGAAUGUUGCGCCUGAUGAGGCGCCUGUUCCUUCUCUGGAGCGAAAGUCGACGAUGCAAGUCAUGGAUUCGUUGAAUACUGGCACGAUUUCGCGACAACCCACGCUUGAGGAGACUCCUGAAGAGGACGAGGAGCCAGCCAAACCUGCUGCUGCUGAGCCGACUACUACUAACGCCGCCGGCAAGGAAGAUUUGGAAUCGAAGUGGGAACAGGCCUUCGCCGACGAUGACGAUGAAGAUUUCCUCCUUGAAGACACUGGUGCGGACGGAAAGCAGGUUGACCCGGCUGCCUUCUUUGGAAGCGAUGAUGAAGGCUUCUUGGAAGAUGAAGAGCCAACUCCUGCUCCGGCGCCCGUUGCUGCACGCCAGCCCUCAGGAUCCAACCCCUAUGUUCCACAGAAGCAGGCAAACCAGCAUGCGCCAUCUCCAUAUGCUCCUACCGCGCCGGCACCCGCUCCGGUCCAGGCUGCUCCCAUCCACCCUACUUCCGCUUACAAUACCCCGGCUCCCGGAACAACUCCUAUGGGGUCCGCUCCUCAAUAUGGCCGAGCCCCUCCAGUACGUCCUGAAAUGCCCAAGGCACAGAGUUUCGCAGACAAGUCCAAGGGAGGCUAUCACUCUCCAUAUGAUCUACCCACCGAUCUUGUCACCAAUGUGGUGAAGCCUCGGAAGCGGGCAAGCAUGCAACAACUCUCUCAGGCGAACCAUCUUCAUGCCCCAGUUCAGCCCCCCCCGCGAAGUGCCAGUGUUGGCAUGCCUGGCCCUCCUACUAGGCUCACUCCUCCCUCCUCUAGCCAUGGUCUGCCCAGCCAACACCCUCAGUCGCCCCCGAAACCUACGACGCCAGGACUCCAGCAUCAUGAGAACUUCUUCGAGGAACUGCCCAUGACUUCCAGGCCACGUCCGAGCUCAAGGACAAGCCACAGGGGAGCUUCGCCAGCUCGCCAGCCACCAAUGAACCAUGGGAUGCAUGUUCCUUCGCCGUUGAUGCCUUCGGCGGCUUCAGUAUCGACUCAGAUGGCACCUCCGCCUCUCCCUGCUAUGGCCGUUACACCCAACCAGGCUCCUAGUCAGCCGCCAGCUGCUCAACAGCCGGGGGCCAACCUGGUUGCUCCUGAGCGAGCCAGCCCCUAUGCGGCUCUGGCCAAUUCUGUCAACCAUUUGCCUCCUCCAUCUUCCAGUGCUUCUCGAUAUUCUCCUGCUCCCACCCACGCCGGAAGUCAUACAGCACCACCUGCUCCGGCAAGCAGCCGUUACUCCCCCGCUCCCCCGGCUACGAAAUCGCACGGAUCAUAUGGCCCCGUGUCUGCAUCUGCCGUUCCCGCGCCGAUGCUGCCUCAUCAGCCACGAACUUCCAGCCCGUUGACGCAUUGUGAGAGUUCCGGAUUCGAACCAAGACUCAACCGGGUUUCAUCUCUUCCUCCCACGCGCGAGGUAGAGGAGGAGGAUGAUCAGCCUACUCAAAUUAGGUCUUUGAGUGCUACUCAUGCUCCUGCCCCUUACCACGAGUCGAAGUAUAACCCCGCGUCUCCUCCCAAGGUGCCCCGGCAGACACCACCUCCCCCAAGCUAUGCUUCUCAGUUUACGCUCUCUCCCCCGAAGCAGUCGGGACCAUAUGCACCCGUUGCUGCCCCAGCUGCGCCGGCUGGCUUUGUGCCACCUCCUCGAGCUCAGACGCAAUCGCCAAGCACUUCAUUUGGCCACAAGCAAGCCCAGAGAUCGGCCGACUCGACGCGUCGCCCCUCAUCCGCGCAUUCACAUGGCUCUCCAGCUACGACAAAGCCGUCGUACGCGCCCUACGCUCCAGUGGCCCCCGCUGCACCGGCUGCUCCACCCGCCACAUUUGCUCCUCGCACUCGAGGCCAGUCCAUCAACAUGAACAUGGUUGCACCUACUGAUGGGCGGGAGAAUGAUCCUCUUCAGCGAUGGAGAGGUGUUCCUGUCAUUUCUUGGGGUGUUGGUGGCACCGUCGUCACAUCGUUCCCUAAGAGUAUCCCGCGGUAUGGCAUGAACCAAUCUGUGCCAAUGAUCGUGCGGACUCCUGGAGAAGUCAAGAUUCAGAACGUGAAGGACAUCGAGCCACUGCAGGAUCACUUGGCCAAGUUCCCCGGUCCCCUUAGGGGCAAGUCCAAGAAGAAGGAAACCAUUACCUGGCUCAACACUGCUAUCGAGGCGUUGGAAAAGGACCUGCCUGAUCUAUCGUUCCAUUCGCAGCUUUCUCUGGAGGUCAAACGAUCCAUCGAGCGACUGCUUCUCUGGAAGAUCCUUCGCAUCUUCAUUGAGCAUGAUGGAGUUCUGGAGGGUAACGCCGCUGCUGAAAAGGCCGUUCGACUGGUUCUCUCCCCAGGCACAAAGACUCCCACUGCCGAUGACGACGCACUUUUCCCUACUGCCAGCAGCCUCGGUGGUCAGCUUGCCUCAGUCACCUCGAUGCAAUCUGAUGGCGCUGAUGUCUCAACUAUGGAGCAGAUUCGGCAUUAUCUGCUAAGGGGUGAUCGCGAGAAGGCUGUUUGGGCCCUGGUCGACAAGCGACUCUGGGGACAUGCUAUGCUGAUCUCGCAUACUGUAGAGGGGGACCUCUACAAGCGGGUGGCGCAGGAGUUCGUCCGCAAGGAAGUUAAUUACCCUGGCCAUGCCAACGAGUCUAUGGCUGCUCUCUACAAGAUCCUCUCUGGAAACUAUGACGACUGUGUUGAUGAGCUCGUCCCCGUGCAUGCUCGAGCUGGCCUUCAGCUUGUGUCAACCAAUGCGGGCUCAGGCCCUACCAAGGACACUCUUGAUGGAUUGGACAAGUGGCGAGAGACCCUGUCUCUUGUCCUCAGCAACCGCAGUGUUGAUGAUACCCAGGGCCUGAACGCUCUUGGUACUCUUUUGUCCAGCUAUGGCCGAGCUGAGGCAGCUCACAUCUGCUUCAUGUUUGGUCGCAGUGGAUCCAUCUUUGGAGGGCUGGAUGACCCCAAUGCUCACUUUGUUCUUCUUGGAGCGGACCACCGACAGCAGGCAGACCAGUUUGCAAAGGAGACUGAGGCACUUCAACUCAGUGAGGUGUACGAGUAUGGACUGUCACUUGCAGGAGGUGUUCAUGCCGCCGCUGGAGCUCCUCAUCUGGCGGCUUAUAAGCUUCAGCAUGCUAUGGUCCUUGCUGAGUAUGGCCACCGGGAUAAGGCUCUGCAGUACUGCGAUGCUAUCCUGACAGCUAUUCACUCUCAGACCAAGCGGUCGCCUUAUCACCACCCCAUUCUGGAGACCGCCGUCGAGGACUUCAUGAUGCGAUUGAAGCAGGCGCCCAAGGAAGAUAGCGGUUCAUGGAUCUCGAAGCCUAGCAUGAACAAGGUCUCGGACAGCAUGUGGAACAGGUUCAACAAGUUUGUUGCGGGAGAUGACAACGAGGAGAAUGGAGCUGCUGGAGAGGCUGGACCAUUCAACCGCCCCUCUGGCGAGUUCAGCAGGUCUCCCUCCGUUUCCAACUUUGACAUCUAUGCUCAACAGUCACCGAGCUUUGGCAUGACCCCUGCUCAGCCGCCUCCCCAGGCGCCCAUGAGCGCGGCCGCAUCCAGAUAUGCCCCGGCUGCCGCUGCGGCUGGAGCGCCACCUGCUUCAUCGAACCCUUAUUCUCCCACUUCGCAGUACACACCUGGAAGAACUUCCAUAGAUCGGGCCUCUAAUGAGUACCCUCGGAGCUCAUACGAGCCCGCCUAUCCUGGCGCUCCUUCAGGCGCCCCAGCGGCUUCAGGUGACAGCUACGUUCCCUCAGUUCCUCAGCCUCAGCAAAACAAUGUUGGCGUUGAACCCUCCGGUCUGGCCCCGGCGGCUCAAAUUACGCAGGCGUACUCGCCGGCUGGCUACCAACCUUACGGAAUGCCAACGCAGACCAGCAACUCUACGGGUGACGAUGACAAGUCUGCAGAGCCCUCGCAACAAGGAUUCCAGCCUCUUAGCUAUGGUUACGAGCCCCCACAGAUGAACUCAAACCCUCCGGAGCCCGAGACUCCAGGAAAUGCAGGAGAGAGCAACAGUGGCGGAUAUGAACCUCCUUCAUUCCAGCCCUACAGCUACGAACCUCCAUCCUAUGAGCCGGACCCCGAGCCGACAGCUGAGGGAGAUGAGGAUACACCUAAGCCCAAGAAGAAGAGCUUCAUGGAUGAUGACGAUGACGAUUUCCCCUCGAUGAAGCCCAAGGAAAAGACCAAGUCGGAGAAGGACCGCGAGAACGAGGAGAUGUUCCGCAAGGCUGCUGAAGAAGAUGCCAAGCGUGCCGCUGCUCAGCAACCAGCCAAGAAGGGUUGGGGCUUCAGUGGAUGGUUUGGAGGUAGCAAGAAGGCCGCUCUCGAGACUCCUUCACCUGGUGAAUCAUCGCCUGGAAAGCCCAUCCGUGCCAAGCUUGGUGAGGCCAGCAGUUUCGUGUACGACCCUGAACUCAAGCGAUGGGUUAACAAGAAGCCUGGUGCUGAGAACACGCCUGCGAAGACGGCCACGCCACCUCCUCCACGUGGUGGACCUCGAUCUGUGUCGGGAACUCCUCCACCUCCCCCUGGAACUCCGCCACCGUUGGUGACCAGCAACAGCGCACCACCGCCGCUCAUGCCCCCUAAGGUUCGCGCUGGUACGCCUGAUCUGACAAGAACUGCCUCGUCCGACAGCCUGGCACCGCCUCCCAUGCUCCGAUCUGUCUCCAACACCAGCAACGGCCCACCAAGCCGGCCUACUACGAGCAUGAGCAACGCCAGCAGCAUCGACGAUCUGCUCAGCGUCCAGCCACGCAAGGCUAGCGACAAGAAGAAGCCACGAAAGAGUGGCCGUUACGUCGACGUCAUGGCAAAGUAA